AAUAAUUUAUAAUAUCAAUAUUAUAAAAUGAACAAUUUUGAGGAUUUUUCUAAACUGAUGAAGAAUGAAACGAGAACAAUUAUCUAGUACCAAUACCAUUAAAAAUAAUUUGAGACUCGCCCGCCCGCUCUCUCCUACAGCCUCCUGUGCCGUCGCUUCUGAGUCGCCUUCCUCCUGUCCGCUCUCGUUGUUCCCUUCCUAAGGCUCCGAAGAGACCGAUGUUCCUCCGCACUCUCGACUAUCCACUCUCCCUCUUCCCGCCCCCACCAGCCCAGGGACCUGACUGUGCUCCAGAUCGUCUGCUUUGGAAAGAUGGCCUCAGGAGUCCAAGUAGCUGAUGAAGUAUGCCACAUUUUUUAUGAUAUGAAGGUUCAGAAAUGUUCCACACCAGAAGAAAUCAAGAAAAGAAAGAAGGCAGUUAUCUUUUGUCUCAGUGCUGACAAAAAAUGCAUCAUUGUGGAAGAAGGCAAAGAGAUCUUAGUGGGAGAUGUUGGUGUAACCAUUACUGAUCCUUUCAAGCAUUUUGUGGGAAUGCUUCCUGAAAAGGAUUGUCGCUAUGCUUUAUAUGAUGCAAGCUUUGAAAUAAAGGAAUCAAGAAAAGAAGAGUUGAUGUUUUUUCUAUGGGCACCAGAACUAGCACCUCUCAAAAGUAAAAUGAUCUAUGCAAGCUCCAAGGAUGCAAUCAAAAAGAAAUUUCCAGGCAUUAAACAUGAAUGUCAAGCAAAUGGACCAGAAGAC